AUGGCUAUUCCCUACCCUUUCACCAGCCUCCUCCUUCUCCUUGUUGUGCCCAUUUCCCAGGCUGUGAACCAGUCCCCACUGCCCCUUGGCUCCCUGCCUGCUGUCCCCACCCUGCCCCUCCUGCAGGCCCUGCAAACGCGGGCUCCAGGCAGCCCAGGCUGGCAGGCGGGGCCAGCCAGUGGGCAGCCCCUGCGCUACAUGCUGAAUCUGUACCGGCGUGCUGCUGACCGCGAAGGCCGACCCCGCCGCAGCCGCAGCCUAGGCACCAACACCAUCCGCCUGGUGCAGGCCAGUUCCCAUGGGGGUCAGCCCUGGGCAGGUCGCUGGUACUUGCAGGCCCUCACCUACCACAUGGAGGUCCAGCCAGAGGUCGAGCACCUCCUCAGAGCUACUGUAGUCUACCUGCCCAGUUUGUCACUGGCCCACAGUCGCCUUCUCUGCGCUCUGGAGCUGGUGAUGGCUGGUGAGGCACCCAGGGUACUGCUCAGCCCUACUGCCCGUCCCCGUCAUGACUGGGCCGAGGUUGAUGUCACCCCUUACCUGGUACUGGGGAACAGCAGCAUGGGGAGCCUGGCGCUGUGGCAUGUCUGUGUGCGUGCUGGCCGAGCAGGAGGCCACGAUGCUCCUGUGGCCCCUGGCCACCCUUUCCUCCUUCUCUACCUUAAUGAUACUCAGGCAGGGUUGGCAUCUCUGGCAGCAGAGCACCGACACCAACGUGAUACAGGGACAUUGGCUCAUGACCUGCCCAAGUACCUGCGGGAGCAGGGAGGGGAGAAGAGUGACUGUUCCCUCUGCCCCUUCCCUGUCAGUUUUGCACAGCUGGGCUGGGACCACUGGAUCAUUGCUCCUCACCGCUACAACCCACGCUACUGCAAGGGCACCUGUCCCCACCUGCUCCGCUAUGACUUCCACGCACCCAACCAUGCUGUGGUGCAGAGUUUUGUCCAUCAGCUUGUGGAUGCCGCUGUGCCCCCGCCCUCCUGUGUGCCCUAUCGCUACAGCCCCAUCAGCGUCCUCACGCUUGAGCGCAAUGGAGACAUACUGUACAAGGAGUAUGAGAACAUGAUUGCAGAGUCCUGCACUUGUCGGUAA